GAGUUCGGGCCGCUACGAGCCAAACACCACUUCCGGGGCAAAGAGUAGUAGCGCUCAGCUGUUCCCAUGGCGGCCCCGUUGCUCCACACGCGGCUUCCCCGAAAUGGGGCCGCAGCCACCGCCGCACCAGCCCCGGGCUCCGCCGUCAAGGUUUCAGGGGCUUCGAGGGCCGGAAUUUCAGAUAUGCUUGCAUUGGAGAAGGACUUCCUCAGUUCUCCACCAAGAAAAACUGUUCGGUUUGGGGGGACUGUGACAGACAUCUUGAUAAAAUACAAAAAGGGUGAUACAAAUGAUUUUGAGUUGCUGAAGCAUCAAUUAUCUGAUCCAGACAUAAAGGAUGCCCAGAUCAUUAACUGGCUAUUAGAGUUUCGAAAUUCAGUCACAUACUUGACAAAAGACUUUGAACAGCUUAUCAGCAUUUUGUUGAAAUUGCCAUGGCUACAAAGGAGCCAAGAAGUAUUGGAAGAAUAUUUGGCUUUUCUUGGCAAUCUCGUUUCAGCACAGACUGUCUAUCUUAGACCGUGUCUCAGCAUGAUUGUUUCUCAUUUUAUACCUUCUCGAGUAAUCAUUAAAGAAGGUGAUAUGACUAUAUCAGAUUCGGAUGAUGAAGAUGAUAAUCUUCCUGCAAAUUUUGACACAUGUCAUAGAGCCUUACAGUUAAUUGCAAGAUAUGUCCCCUCUACACCGUGGUUUCUCAUGCCAAUACUUGUGGAAAAAUUUCCUUUUAUUCGAAAAUCAGAGAGAACUUUGGAAUGCUAUGUCCAUAAUCUGUUAAGGAUUAGUGUGUAUUUUCCAUCCUUGCAAGCUGAAAUUUUGGAACUUCUUGUUGAAAAGCUACUCAGAAUGGAUGUGAGUGCAUCACGACAAGACAUUGAAGAUGCAGAAGAAGCAGAGGAAAGAGCAGUUCAAACUGAUAACGGGACAGAUACAGUAGAAAGAUUAUUUAAUAUGGAUGAAGAUGAAGAAGUUAAAGAUGAAGAAAAAAAUAUUUCUGGAAAGAGUGAUCGAAUGGCACAUCCAGUAGCUGAACGCUUAGAUAUUCUUUUGUCCUUAUUCUUUUCCUACAUGAAAGAUGUCUGCUAUAAAAAUGGUGAGAUUGAUGUCAACAAAACAAAGGAUUUGUAUCGAGAUUUCUUAGGGAUCUUUGACAAGCUGGUGUUGCCAACCCAUGCCUCCUGUCACGUACAGUUUUUUAUGUUUUACCUCUGUAGCUUUAAAUUGGGAUUUACAGAAGCAUUUUUGGAACAUCUUUGGAAAAAAUUGCAGAAUCCAAAUAAUCCUGCCAUCCUCAGGCAAGCUGCUGGAAAUUAUAUUGGCAGCCUCUUGGCAAGAGCUAAAUUUGUUCCCAUCAUCACUGUAAAAGCAUGCCUUGACCUUUUGGUUAACUGGCUGCAUACCUACCUUGAUAAUCAGGAUGCGGGAACAAAAGCUUUUUGUGAUGUUGCUCUCCAUGGACCAUUUUAUUCAGCAUGUCAGGCUGUGUUUUACACUUUUGUUUUUCGACAUAAGCAGCUUUUAGAUGGAAACUUAAGGAAAGGCUUGGCUUAUCUACAGAGUUUAAAUUUUGAGCGCAUAGUAAUGUCUCAGCUAAAUCCUUUGAAGAUUUGCCUCCCUUCUGUCGUUAACUUAUUUGCUGCCAUUACAAGAAAAUACCAGUUAGUGUUUUGUUACACUAUUAUUGAGAAGAACAAUCGACAGAUGCUGCCAAUUCUUAGAAAUACUUCAGGAGGUGGCUCAGUACAGACUUGCACCAAUCCACUUGACACUUUCUUCCCCUUUGAUCCUUGUGUUCUCAAGAGAUCUAAAAAAGUAAUUGAUCCCAUUUAUCAGUCAUGGGAAGAUUUAAGUGCUGAAGAACUUCAGGAAUUCAAGAAACCUGUUGAAAAGGGAACAAUAGAAGAUGAAGACGAUGACUUUUUGAAAGGUGAAGUGCCACAGAAUGACACUGUUAUUGGAAUUACACCAAGUUCUUUUGAGUCAAGUUUUCAGAGCCCAUUGAGCAGUGUAGGGUCUCCACAGGUCACAUAUACAUUGGAUCAACCCCUCUGAUAACAAAAAUGAAUAACUGAAGAGACUUCCCCCAAAACAACAGCAACAACAACAAGCAAACCCAGACUUGAAUACCAAGUUUCGUAGGUUAUGGAAGUUGAAUUUAACUCAGCCAUUGACAUACCUCAAGCAUCCUGGUUUCAAGUUAGAUUUUGAAUGGUUUCCAGACUGAUGAUUUUUUUUUUAGUAUAAGUUAUAAAAAAAGUUGAAUGACUAUCAUGUGCAAUAUUUUAUAAUAUAGUUUAUUAUAAUUUUGCAGAAUUUUCACUUAAUGUAUACAACUUUUAUGUUACAUCUUUUAUAAUGCAAUUAUUAAAGGUUCUAAUGCAUAUAUAAUCCCAUUUUAAUAGCAUUUUAACAGAGACUUCUGCCUGUCAAUGCCAUUUUCUAAUUCUAGUGAUAGCCCCACAGUUCCAGUGCUUUUGCUUUAUGUGGUUUCAACAAAACAUCUCAUAUAACAGAUUCUUUCACAAAGUCUCCAUCCAUCUUUAAAGUUAGGGUGUUAAAUAGAACAUUUUUACUUUGUUUCAGUAUUUAUUUACUGAGACCUGUUAUGCUUGGGUCUCAGCAUGGUAGAAAUAAUCAGGAAAGAGGGAAGUUGUUGAAGAUAGUCUGGGAUAGUAAAAGCUGGAGAGGCGUCACGGGAUACUGCAGGAUUUGUUCUUAUGGGUUGAGGGGAGGGGAAAAUGGUAGAGCUAAGAAGGUAGAAUUUUCUUCAUUGAAGCAAUCAGGUAAAAAAAAAUACAAAAUGUACAGAAAUGGUAUUAACAGGUUUCCAUUUGAGUGGAAUCAAGAUUUGCAAAAGUAGUUUUGAUAUCUUUUCUGAUCUAUUAACAUGAAAUUUUGUCUCUACGUUUUCCAGAAAUGUUGUGUUUGAAAUGGUACUGCCAAUUUAUUGGAACCGAAUUAGUUUUGGAUAAACAUAUGGCAGUGAUAAUGUUCACAUUUUGAUAUUCAGCAUCUAAAAUUGAGGAAAAAUAUUUUCAUGUCUUUUAUUUGACCUCUUAGUUGUAAAGAUUUGUUAGAAAAAAUGAGGUUAUUAAUUGAAUUAUAGAUCUUAUUCUAAUAAGUUAUUAGCAUCUAAAUAUACCCAGUCUUCAGGGUAAUAACACUGUCUUUGGACUUGGUGCUGAUGGAACAACUUAUAUCUGAAAGCAUUUUACAAAAAGAACCUUUUGGGCACUUCUGUAAUUAAAUCUUCUUGGAUAUAAGGUAGCUCAGCCUUAUUGUGAAUUCUGCAAUGUAAUAGUGUCUUUUCAGUACUUGUGUAUUUUAUCUUAGUUUUUUAAGUGUAUGUAUUUUUCUUAUGUGGAUAUAAAAAACAUUACAUGUGUUUGUCUUUCUGUUAUUUAAUUUGUCAAUGAAACAAAUGCUUUCUUUGCUCAUAAAAUUCUUCGAUCCUUUACUGAAGUUUU